AUGUCCACCACCACCGUGAGAGCAAUUCCAGCUGGGGAGCCGCCGUCCGUGACGAUUGAGCCGGCUGUGUUUGUGUCCAAGCGCGAAUUCAACAACGACAAGAUCAAGACUGUGAUCGACCGUAUCUCUAGGAAAGACUAUGGCGACUGGCGAGACGAUCUUUUCCGCAACGGGUACGCCGUCGUGAAGAACGCUGUACCGCGCGAGCGGGCUCAGCAGUAUCAGCAGGAGGCGUUCAGGUGGCUGGGUCGGUUCAGCGACAAGUUCGACAUAAAGAACCCCGAAACAUGGACUAGAGAACACCUGCCUCCAAUGACCAACACCAACCUGUUCAAGUCGCACUGUGUGAGCCACGAGAAGUUCAUGUGGGAUGCCAGGCUGGAGCCGGGUGUGAUCAAGGCGUUUGAGAGCCUGUGGCAGACCGACAAGCUGCUUGUGUCGUUCGACGCUUUGAACGUGACUCUUCCGAAUCGCAAGGACAAGGCGCUCGUUGCUCCGUGGCCGCACGUGGACCAGACGCCGUACCGGAGCGGAAUGCAUUGUGCGCAAGGUAUCAUUUCUCUGAGCGACCACGGGCCGGAGGACGGCGGGCUGGUUGUGUACAAGGGCACGCACGAGUUAAUAGAACAGUUUUUCAGCAGCGUUGUUCCCAAACAAGACUGGACGGAACGCGACUUUUUCAUGGUUUCCCAAGACCAGCUGCAGUGGUUUCUGGACCGCGGGUGUGAGGAAAUCAAGAUCGAGUGCGACGCCGGCGACCUGAUCAUCUGGGACUCUAGAACCGUCCAUUGGGGAAAAGAGCCGUCUCCGUCGAGCAACACCAUCAGAACCGUGAUCUAUGCGUGCUACACUCCGGCAGAAUUUGCCACGGAGAAAACCCUUGCAGAGAAAAAGGCCUUGUUCGAGUCGUGGUCUGGCACCACCCACUGGCCCCACGACAAUCUUGUCCGCACGGGCAGCAAGGCGUACUACGCCGACGGCCGCGAGUACGAAAACAACCGGGACGAGCCGUUUGAGAAGCCUGUGAUUACAGACACGCUGCUGAGGCUUGCUGGGGUCAAGCCGUACGAAAAUAAGUAA